AGGUUUUUUUUUUUUUUUUUUUUUUUUUUUUAAAAAAAAAUUAUAAAUGAGGAAAGGGGUACUUGAACUUAAAAUUGUAUUCAAGUUGAGAUACACAUCUAAGUGUAUGUUGGGCUAAGCCUGUGGGUGUAAAAAUGUCUAAAAAGAUAAUCUGACAAGUGAUAACAAAUCAGAGGUUGGUAAGUAUGAGCAUUAAAUAGCGCUUUUGCAUUUGUUGGUAGGUAUUAUGAUAUAUUCCUUAUUCUGUUGUUAUGGCAAAAUACUUAAAUUUGACAAAAAAAGGGUAGCAAUUUUGUGUUAAUAUUGGUUAAAGUCAUAGGAUACCCUAAUGGACAUCUUCUUUGAGUUUUUAUUAUUUAGCUUUGCUGCACCAAUUUUGAGUAAGGCCUUUCGUAUAUCAUAUGUCAUAUAUUUCGAGGUCGGUCUGUUGGGAUCAUCCUCAAUUAUUGUGGGAAUCAGUGUUGGUAUCCCUAAUCAGGAAACUAUGCAAGGCAAGGAAAGGAAUCUUACCUUAUGCCUAUUUUCUUUUGAAAAAUGAUUUAUAAAUUUACAUAUUUGUAUAUCUGCAUAAAUAUGUAUUAUAAAUUUAUUUAGUAUUACCUUUGAAUAAUAAUGAGACAGCAGUCUUGAUCUAACCAAACAGACAGGUGCCAACUGGCUGCAGAUUUUUUUUGGUGCAGAUCUGGUCUUUUCUGUGUUCCUUUCUUCUAGAUUGUUGCUUUCCAGUUUCUGAAAAGUAUUGGUCCAUUUUUAUUCAUCUACUCUCUUCUUCUUCUUCUUCUUUUUCAGUCUUUUAUUUUUCUUAAAUUAGUAUCUCCAAUCUCCAUCUCCAUCCCCAUCCCCAUCCACCCAUCUUGUUUUGAACUUUUAACUUAUAUCUCAUAUUGCAACCCUGAAGCUUAUUAGAUUAUAAAAAUACUAAAACACCAGACUGCAAUCCAUCAGUUCAGAAAUCAUCUAAAAUUCAAUAUGGAUGGAAGUCUUUUUUAGAGAUUAAUUUAUAUAGAAACAAAAAAAAAUGGGUUGUAUUAUAUUCUCUUUCUUAAUCCUUCAAGAAUAAUCAUUCACGAAUUGCAGUGUAAACUUAGCUCUUUGUUAGAAAUAAAAUACUUUUCCCUAAUAAUCAAUUUGUAUAUCCCUCAUUUUAAAAUAAAAUGUAUUUUAAUAAAAAAGAUUAUUUUUCCUCUUCUUCUUCAUAUGGAAACACAUAAAUCAUACAAAAUUCACGUAAUUAAUUCCCAAAUUGAAAAUAAAAAAAUCUUUUUCUUCUUCUCUUUAUGUCUUUUUGUUUGCACAGGAUAGAUUCUUCUCUUCACGCACUUCCUUCGCUGGCCAUUCAUUUUCUUUCCUUUUCCUUUUUUCUUUUCUUCAUUUCCUUUCUCUUUGCCUUGUUGAAAUCAAGAACACCUCUAUCUCUCUCCUUCUUCAGCACACGUUUUCCCGUUCCACUGUUCCUUCAUUUAUUCAUUCUAAAAAUAGAAGAUUUGGCUUUGUUCUUUUUUUUUUUUUUCAUUAUUUGUUGUCACGCUCACCAUUUCAAGAGACUGCAUGUUUUUGCUUCCAUGGCUUCAUGUACUAGGCCUCCACAAAAAAAAUAGAGUAUAUUUUUCUAUGGUUCUUUUUUAAAAUAAAAAAAUAAAAAGAAUAAAAGCCAAAUAGGUUCAUUGUUUGAGUUUUCUUUGAUGCUACAAAAGCUUUUGAGAGAUCUAAUCAAGGUUCUUUCUUCUCUUAUUGGUUUCUUCUAACUCAAGGGAAGUACUUAAAAAGAACCAAAAGGGAACUCCUUUUUAUUAUAACAUUUCUUUUUGGGAGGUCUUACAAGAUCAAGAAAAUACAUGAAGAUGGAGCCAAUGAGGUCAAAGAUGAAAGGGGUCGCAAAUAAGAGUUCUUUUAAUGGCAGAAGCAACAAUAUGAAUGCUGAAGAGUUGGAGAUUAGGCCAGGUGGAAUGUUAGUGCAAAAGCGGGAUUCUAAUUCCAAUAAUCAGAAUUAUGUUCCAAUUCCCACCAUUAAAGUUAGGGUCAAAUAUGGUUCUUCAAGUCAUCACAUCUGUAUAAGUUCUCAAGCAAGUUUUGGGGAAUUGAAGAAAAUGUUAGUGGAACAAACUGGAAUACACCAUCAGGAUCAGAAGCUGAUAUACAAAAAAAAAGAAAGAGAUUCCAAGGCAUUUUUAGAUGUUGCAGGAGUUAAAGAUGGAUCUAAAAUUAUUUUGAUCGAAGACAUUACGAGCCGUGAGAGGCGGUGUCUUGAAAUUCUUAAAUCUGCCAAGAUAGAGAAGGCUUCAAAGUUAUUGCAGCAAAUCACUUUAGAAGUUGAGAAACUCCGUGAAAAGGUAGUGACAUUGGAAAGAGGUGAGAAAGUUGCAGAGUUAGACAUAGAUAGUUUGAUAGAAAUCUUGAUGAAUAAAUUAGUAGCAUUGGAUGGAAUUGUAGUUGAUGGCGACUUGAAGUUGCAGAAGGGAUUGCAGGAAAGGAGAGUUCAAAAGUACAUUGAAACUCUUGACAUGCUGAAGUUACAAAACUCCAAAACUAAAAGAAAUGAGAGAAGUGGAAUUACAGAAAUCCCAGUUCAGCAACCAGAGAAUUCAAAUGAAAGAAUACCAAUCCCAGUGCCAAUACCAAUGCAGAAGCAGCCAAUUCAACACAAGCAGAAGACUGCGACAAUACAAAGGCCAUUGAAGCAGCACCAGCAAGUUUUGAAGCAUUCCGAUUCAUUCGUGAUCACAACAAAAUGGGAAACUUUUGAUUAAGACUUGAAUGAUCAAUUCAGCAUCCUAUAAAAUCUACCCAUUUCAAUACUAUAUAUAAACUGGAUCGAGUACUUCCUGUUCAGUAAGUGAUUUUACAAUCAUAGUUUUUCAAUGUUCUGUUAUAUAUCUAGUUCCUGUAGUGAAUUCUUUUCUUGUGUUAGAUUUAAAAGGGUUUUCUUCUUUUUCAUUUUCUUUUUUAAGACCAUUUUCUUGGAACAUAAACCUUGCCCCAAGAUGCAAAAUGUGGAUCUUUCUUUCUCUUUUUCUUUCUUUAUAUUUUUCUGGCAGGAAUGGCUAUUUGCAAACUGUAUAUACUAACAGAAGAUAGUGGUUAGAAAAGAGGGGGAAUUUGUUUAUUAUGAUUUCAUUUA